AUGCCGCGUUCGGGGACGUCUUCCUCGCCGUUGGCGCGCAGCCGACGAGGCGGGAAGCGCGGGGGCAGGGCAAGGAGUCGAGCGAGACGCCCUCGUGGAGAAUCCAAGCAAAGCUCCGGCCCAGAAUCGAAUGACUCCACAGACCCCCCAGCCUACGUACACCCGCACGCUUCGCCGUACCUUCUUCAUAAGUCUUUGAUUCCUCCUUCUCCGUCUUCCCCCCGCGUCUUUGCUCCGCGCAUGCCGGUUCUUGCGCCAGUGUCGGGGGCAAAUGCUGGUGUUUCCCACACGCUCGGGAGUUUUAGCAAUACAGCCUCCAGCUACGGUUCACACCGGCUUUUGUCCCCUCCUCCUGACCGGGCAGCCGCUCUCUCGCCUUCCGCGCACAGUCUCUUUCCCGUAAAUGCUUCAUCCUACGUCGAUCCCAGUGGAAUUCAGGUCUCCGUGCUCAUUCCUUUUCAGCCGUCUUCCGCGACUUCUCCCCUUGCGGGUGCGACUUUCGGCGAUGCUCCCAUAAGCGACGCAGAACGGCUCGGGCUCAUCUCCGAAGGUUUUCAAACGCAACUGAGGCCGCGCGCGAAACGACCCAACCCGCGAGGCACAGCGUCUAAGCCUUCUCCACUUUCGUCUCCCAUCUCUUCCCCAACUUAUUCGUCUUCUACACAGUCUUCAAAUGCAGCGCUCGGCUGGGGGCAAGUGGUCUAUUCGCCUAGGUCCUCCGCACCGAAAACCCGAGUAUCGCAGCGGGAUCUGUCGUUGCCGUCGCCCCCGCCCGGCCUGCCCUCUUCGCCGAGGCAAGAGAGGAGGUCAACAGGUCGGCUCUUGGUUUCCCACACAGCCGCAAGAGCGGCAAAUGCUGCCUCUGUUUCUGAGGAGAGGAGUGGCAAACGGGAGUCUCAAGGCAGGGGAGACGAGCCUAAGGAGCCCAGAAGGGCUGCGAGAGCAGCGCAGGCGGACAGCAACUUCCCGGGAGAAUCGCUUCGGGGUGGAACGCCAACUACCUCGCCUGCUCAGGUGGGGAGCGGCUCGCUUCUUCCAGCGGAGGAUGCGUUUACACGCGCCUCUCGAGAAGAUCCCCGGUCUCCAUGGGGGAGCAGCGAACGCAGACGAAGCAGUUACCGUGCAGGAACACCGCGACGAGCGCCGCGAAACAGGAGUCAGGGUCGUGGGGAUGCUCCGUCCUUUCCUCUGGCUGCGCCAGGCUUCGAACCGACGGCCUUCACCCACGACGGCCGUCCGCCCCCGCAGCCACGUUCCGCUGGUCGACUCAGGCGAGCCCUCCCAACAUGCCGUUUGUAUGCAUUGCAGCAGGACGCGCCGGUUACAGAAGACUCCGCGCAAGUGGAGGAAACUUUGCGAGGCGCGCGAGAUCCAGUUGGCGUUCAUUCAGACGCAAGGUCAGGAGCGGGGUCGCCCGACGAGUCGAGAACCGGUGAACCUCCGCUAGCCAGUGAGGGCAGCGCGUACGUCUCCAGAAGACGCGGGACGGGGCACAGUGGAAGCUCCAGCCGAGCCGAGGAGGGCUGUGACUCUUCUCGCGUCACUCUUUACGACAGAGUAGUGGGUGGUUUCAAGCGCGUUUCCCUCAGUUUCUUCCAAAGAAACCGCUGCGCGGACGAGGCGGAUCCGCGAUUCUCAGAAAGCGAGGGCGGGCGUGCGAUCCCCGCAGAAGUGAAGAAUCGGAAGUUCGUGGAGCGACAGCCGGCGAGACUCAGUGCGACAAGGAAGCGAGAGGCAGGCGAGGGGGGAGAGACAAGAGCGGGCGCCGUAGGAGGGGCGCGUAGCGCGAGGGCGGUUGAGACAUACGAGCAGCCGCUGACGAAAGAAAACCCGCCGCAGGCACCGGCCGAAGGCUUAGACCACGGGAUGCCUUCCCUUUCGUCGGCCGUCUCGUCUUCUCUCUUGCCUCCUCCCUCUUCAAGUCUCCGGUCGCUGGCGUCUGUGCCCUUCUCUCUCGUGUGCUUCCUAUUCUCUGGCAUUUUGCCCUCGCCUACGUUUCUUCCUCCUGAGCAGAAUCUCGAGGCCCUUCAUAACUCGGGAGCGGUGAACUGGGCGCUCGCCAGCAAGGGGGCUCGGAUUCUCGUUGAAGAGACGACGGGGCUUGCGCCUCUGUGGGUCGCGAACCUCUCACGCUACCUCGGCGCUCUCGCUUCUUUCUUUAUGCCAACGUACAUCACAGAAAGGGCUGGAGGGAGAGAGAGCAGGAGAGGUCCGAAUGGAGCUCUUUCGGACGCGCGAUGGGUAUCGCCGACAGGCGGCGAGGAGGAAGAAGGGGAUUCCCUCUCGCGGUCUCACCUGGAUCUCUCUGCGGUCAACUGGGCUCAUUACUUCCCACUGUACGACUAUGAAAAGGACGCUCGUGUGCUGCUGGAGCCAGCGAAAACAGCCGCAGAGAAGGAUCGAUUUUUCCACUUCGAGGAGGCGCAGGGGCAAGUCGCCAUCCAGCUGGGCGAGCGCAUUGCCGUCACCGCCAUCGGCAUCAGGACGAAACACCGUCAUGAAACUCACGCAAACACGUCGUGGGCGGGAUUGUGUGACCCCACAGUCCCCAAGCGGGUCACGCUCUUCGCCGCAGUGGCGAACCCCCGUCCGGCGCGCGCGAGUCGAGCGACUCUAGGAACACCGAUGGCGAAGCGCAGCGGGGAAGAGGGCGCGGAGCUCGGGACAGACGACGGUGGGGAGGGAGAGGGGAGAGAAGGAGACGAAAUGCACGCACGCGACGAAGGAGACUGCCGUGGAGACUCAACGGGCUCCAUGGGGUGUAGCAGCAACCCCUGGGAGUGGGCUACUGUGGCGGCGUUCGAUAUUCCGUGCGUGGUAAGUCCCGAAGCCUCUGUUCACGUCUUUCCAGUGCGGAAACAGGUCUUUCAGCCUCGGCAGGGCGACUCGGAGUUGCAUCGCGCCCUCCUAGGCUGGAUGGGAGACACUCAGGAGGAACGGGGCGGAGAACGCGCGCGCCUCAGCUCAGCCCAGUCCGGUAGAUCGAAUGAACAGGCAAGCGACGAUCUGUGUGGUAUCCCUACGCACACGCGAGUGCAAACGAAAUCAACGGCGCGCCGCCGCAUAUGUGUCGAGGAGGCGGAAGCGGAGAGGGAGUUUGGAGGAGGCACUAGAGGGGCGACAGCGGAGUCGCACCUCGCCACGCAAUGCGUCGCAUGUGGUGUCGGCAAAAAUGACUGCGUCCUUACUGACAAAGUGAAAUUUGUUGUUGAGGCUCAAGAUGGAGCUCCUUGCACGAGGCUCUACAGUCUUGAAGUCUAUGGGUGCGACGGAUCCUUAGGAAAGUAA